UGGUUUCUGUAGCUUGAUUUUAUGUUUGUUGUUUUAUUUUUCGUUUAUUUAUUUUGAAGUCGUUGUGUUGUUGGUUAAAACUUAACACCUAUUUUAUUGUAAUGUAUUAGAUGGCAAAAAAAUGUGAUAUGAUCAAGGAUAUUGAUGGAAGAAGAGAAACGUUGAAACUUGCUGUCAAAAUCGUAGAUUUGUGGAAUGUUGAGUCAUGGGAUUCCAAACGAAAUAUGAAAAUGAUUCUAAUGGAUCAAAAGGAUGAUCUUAUUGUUGCAAUGAUUAAGAAGGAAGAUAUGGGUGUUUGGGAAGACAAGCUGAAAGAGGGUGAAAGUUACAUAAUGCAUAACUUUAAAUUGUUGAAGAACAGAGCUCAAUAGAGAGUUUGUGAGCAUCCAUUUAAGUUGUUGUUUAUAGGAGCAAUGUCUAUAUGACCACAACCCAUUGCAAGCAUACCUAGAAAGCUUUGGAAGUUCAAAAGUAUAAAGGAUAUCAUUGAUGGAAAGUAUUAUGAUGAUUUGUUGGUUGGAUGAUCUUAUUGUUGCAAUGAUUAAGAAGGAAGAUAUGGGUGUUUGGGAAGACAAGCUGAAAGAGGGUGAAAGUUACAUAAUGCAUAACUUUAAAUUGUUGAAGAACAAAGCUCAAUAGAGAGUUUGUGAGCAUCCAUUUAAGUUGUUGUUUAUAGGAGCAAUGUCUAUAUGACCACAACCCAUUGCAAGCAUACCUAGAAAGCUUUGGAAGUUCAAAAGUAUAAAGGAUAUCAUUGAUGGAAAGUAUUAUGAUGAUUUGUUGGUUGAUGUCAUUGGUGUGGUGGACAAUGUAGAGGAGAAAGUACAUUCGAAAAAUGUUGUAUUUGACCUCAAGGAUUUGAGGCUUGUUUCAUUAUUGGUGCUAUAAUCUGUUGCACAUUGUGGGAUUCAUAUUGCGAGAAAUUAUUGACUUAUUGGAGGACACGUAGUGAAACAUCUAAUGUUGCUAUUAUUCUUACUCAGGCCAAGAUAAAGGCUGCAUCAGGUCCAUGGCGAGUGUCACUGUCUAAUUCUUGGAAUGGUUCAAAACUGAUAACAGAAGAUGACAUACCUGAGCUGAUUGAUUUUAAGAAGCAAUUUGCAGAGUAUGUUUAUAUGUUAGCCAUCUAUUAUUCAUUAAAAGUUGUCUUCAUAAACACUAACUAAUGUGUAAUGUGUAGAACCUCUGGCAGUGAAAGUUUUGAGGAGGGAAGUCAGUAUAGUGGCUCUUCGCAGAUUAGUCAUCUUGAUAGGUUUAUGUAUAAAACUGUUGUUAAAAGUGUUUCAGAGAUUAUCACUGUAUUAGAGGAGAUUUCUUGUGUAACUGUUGCACGUACACUUAAAUUUAAUUUAGGAAAUGAUGGAUGGAAUUAUUUGGUGUGUAACGUAUGUACGAAAAGAACUCAUGAAGUUGGUUCUUUUAAGUGUCUUAGUUGUGAUGCUUUUAACGAUUAUCCAAGAAUCAGAUACAAGCUCAAAAUUCAAGUUACUGAUGGGAAAAAGGUGGCCAAAUUCAUGCUUUGGGACCAAGAUUGCAUGAAUUUAAUUUGUGUAUCUGUUGCUGAUUUGAGAAAGAAAAUGAUCAAGGCAAGCCAAGUUAGUGAAUGUAUGGUUAGUGGUUCAUCUGACAUAGUUCCUGAUAUUUGCAAUUCCUCAGCAAUGGUUAUUGGUAAAUGUAUCAAUGCUAGUGUUUGUGAUUUACCAACUUCUAGCGGGACUUCUUUAAUGUGCCUUUCUUCCACAGCUAAUGAUGAACCUGAUAUAGUUUUAUGUAUGACGCCUACUAAGGAUGUUUGUGCUAGCAUUGAUGAUGUUCAAGACAUUCCAUCAAGUAUCAUGGAGUUCGAUUUUCUGGAGGACAUUCCUUUAGCUCAGUUAUCAGCUACAAAGACUACAAAGUCAAUCAACAAUAUUAAAAAGGAGAAAUUAUAAAUGUAUUAAGGUGGUCAGGAAAAAUAUGUUAAAAUGUUUUUGAAAACCUUUUUAUCUUUGUGAACCAUAUUGUAAGUUCUAUGGUAACUCAUUCCUGGUCCUGUUUUGAGAAAUUAUAACUAUGAAUGUUCUGAAACACCAUUAAUAGUUUUGGGUGUGCAAAAUUGUAGAAGACAAUUUCGAAGAAUGCUAAUAU